AUGUGUGGGUAUAUGAAAGGCUGUAGAAUUUGCAACCUGGCAGAUAGGGCCACAGUCAUGGGAUGGAGGAGGUUUAGUCUUAGCAAAACAUUGAUCACUAUUUUAGCUUCAGUUCAGUUCAGUUCAGUUGCUCAGUCAUGUCCGACUCUUUGCAAGCCCAUGGACCACAGCACGCCAGGAUUCCCUGUCCAUCACCAACUCCCGGAGCUUACUCAAACUCAUGUCCAUCAAGUUGGUGAUGCCAUCCAACCAUCUCAUCCUUUGUUGUCCCCUUCUCCUCCCACCUUCAAUACUUCCCAGCAUCAGGGUCUUUUCCAGUGA